AAAUGACCACACCCACCUGUCAGUCAUGGACAGUCCGUCGAAGCGCCGAAAGAAGAAUGAUGGAUCAUCAAGCAAGCCAGUACGCAAAAUAGACUUCUUCUUCGCCAAACAGAACGCCAAAGCUGCGGCUGACAUACCUGACGCGACAACCACCGAUGACCUGGAUGUGUCCCUUGCUAUAGACCCAUCCAAUUUGACAGACGAAGAGUAUGCCAGAAAGCUCCAGGAGGAAUGGGACAAGGAAGCUCAAGGCGUGUCUCAGAGACAAGAAGAGCGCCUGAAGGAAGAGGAGCUGUCAAGCUCGAAUGAGCUAUACAGAGAUCCUAGCCCUCCAACCAAGGCCAAGGCAAAUAGUAGUAGUCUCAAAGUUGAAGGAGAAGGUUCCUCUACGAGAGCUACAAUCGAAUCUGCGGCGUCAACACCAAAACCGAACACCCUCUCGCUACAAUCUACCGCAACCGAAGAAGACACUAUCACCGCGAGCAUACCCUUCGAUCAGAGUCCACUUGAAUUCGAGCCUCCGAACUAUAUACCAGACUUGCAGAGACACUGGACUGUGGACGGUGGGCGCGCGACAUAUGCGCUGCUGACACGGUGCUUCGUCUUGAUCAAUAGCACGACUAGUCGCAUAAAGAUCGUCGACACGCUCGUUAAUCUUCUACGGACCAUCAUAGAAAGCGAUCCGGAAAGCUUGUUACCGGCAGUAUGGCUGGCAACAAACUCGAUAUCACCCCCAUACAUCGAUCUCGAGCUGGGGCUUGGUGGCUCAGCAAUCUCAAAGGCGCUGAAGAAGGUCUGCGGACUGGACAACGCAGGACUCAGGACGCUCAACAAUAAGUACGGCGACGCAGGGGACGUAGCAUUCGAGGCAAAGAAACGACAGUCCUUCACGCUACGCAAACCAAAGCCCUUGACCAUUAAGAGUGUCUUCGAUGCUCUCGUCAAGAUUGCGAACAGUAAGGGAAAUGGUAGCGUGGAGGUCAAACAGAGGAUUGUUGAGAGACUUAUGCAAGAUUCACGAGGCGCAGAAGAAAGCCGGUAUAUCGUCCGAACGCUAGUGCAACAUCUGAGAAUCGGUGCAGUGAAGACGACAAUGCUCAUUGCGUUGUCGCGCGCGUUUUUGCUAUCAAGACCGCCCAACGCCGAUUUCGAGACACGCGCCCCGAAAGACCUUGCUAACCUGAGGAAGGAAGACCUUGCUGAAAUUUAUAGCAGGAAUGAAGAGAUCGUAAAGGCGUCCUUUGCUAGAAGACCAAACUACAAUGAUCUGAUACCAGCACUGUUAGAAAUUGGCGUAGGUGACGAGCUAUUGCUACGCUGUGGCCUAUCUAUGCAUAUCCCACUCAGGCCAAUGCUGGGAAGCAUCACACGCGAUCUAGGUGAGAUGCUUACGAAACUACAAGGACGAGACUUUAGCUGCGAAUACAAGUAUGACGGACAGAGAGCUCAAGUCCAUUGCGACGACAAGGGCAAGGUGACAAUCUUCUCGAGACACCUGGAAGUCAUGACGGACAAGUACCCGGAUCUGGUUGCUCUAGUACCGAAGAUUAGAGGCGAGGGUGUGUCAAGCUUCAUCCUAGAGGGCGAGGUCGUGGCUGUGGAUCGUGAAUCCGGCGAACUCAAGACCUUCCAAACGCUUGCCAACCGCGCUCGAAAGGACGUUCUUAUCGGCGCUGUAACAAUCGACGUCUGCCUUUUUGCCUUCGACCUGAUGUAUCUGAACGGCGAAGAGCUUCUCAGUCGCCCGUUCCGGGAGAGGAGGGAUAUGCUGCGCAGUCUCUUUGUCGAAAUACCGCACCACUUUACCUGGGUCAAGAGCCUGGACGCCACAUCUGCCGACACAGAAAUCGUGUCCGAUUUCUUCAAAAGCGCACUCGAGCUGAAGUGCGAAGGUAUUAUGGUCAAGGUCCUCGAUAAUCUCCCAAAUCCUGACCUCCUCGACGACCUCAACGAAGAUGGCACUCCCUCUCUCCCACCCACCCCCAAAAAGAAGAAACCGACAAAGCCCAAAGGCAAAACCCCCGCUGUCGACCCAACACCAGACCCCAGCGAGCCCAAAAAGCCCGGCCGCCGCAAAGCGCUCCUCUCUACAUACGAGCCUGACAAACGCCUCGACUCGUGGCUCAAAGUGAAAAAAGACUACUCCACUACCUCCGAAACUCUUGACCUCAUCCCCAUCGCCGCAUUCCACGGCUCCGGCCGUAAAGCAGCAUGGUGGUCUCCAAUCCUGCUCGCCAUCCGCAACGAAGCAAACGGCACUUUGGAUGCCGUCACAAAAUGCAUGUCUGGCUUCACCGACUCAUUCUACAAAGCAAAUCGUGCCAAAUACGACCCUGAUGAUCCAGAUUGCACGACCGUGCUGGGUGGUAAACCGCACUACGUUGAGUAUAAUGGCGGCGCGGGGUGGCCGGCAGUCUGGUUCGAACCGCAGGAAGUUUGGGAGGUGGCAUUUGCAGAUUUGACGUUGAGUCCGACAUACACAGCGGCGAUCGGGCUGGUAAGCGAGGAGAGGGGGUUGAGUACAAGAUUUCCGCGGUUUUUGAGAGUGAGGGACGACAAAGGGAUUGAGGAGGCGACUGAGGCCGAGGAACUUGCGGUGCUAUAUCGAAAACAAGAGGCGAGACCGGUGAAAGACGAAGCCAAAGAGAUAGAGGAUGAAGAUGUGUAGUAAACAACCAACGGAUUUGAAGUUUGCUAUGCUGGGGUGCCGGGCUUCGUCUCAUCUUACUAUAUCGAUAUGUUGUUAUGCUGUUUCAUGUUUUUCUCACCGCAUCCAUUUCACCUGUUUACUAGCAGCGUGAUCAUUCCCAGACCACCAAAGUGGCACUCGCCUUGCAGGAUAAGCGGUGGACUCAGGAUGUGAGGCAUGUACACCACCACCCAGCAGCCAAGUACCUAGGGAAAGUACAAAAAAAGUUUACAACAUACUUUGGUGCCUACGAUGUAGGUGAUAGUUAAGCAACC